UCUGUGUUGCAUUACACCCUCUAAGGCUCUAAGUUUCACACUGUCGUUCUUUCAUCUCUACUAUCAAAAUCAUGGCCCUAAACCCAAACUCAAAAACCUCUAUACUCUUCCACAUGCUCCUCUUUAUAUUAGGAGGUAACGUAGCAUCUGCCGCAGUGUUUAUCCUCGAAAACCAUUGCACUCAAACAGUUUGGCCGGGGAUAUCCGGCAACGGCGCCGCCACUCUCGGCGGCGGCGGUUUCACCCUGCAGCCCGGUUCGGCGGUUAACCUCACCGCACCGUCGGGCUGGUCAGGCCGCAUCUGGGCCCGGACCGGGUGCAGCUUCGACGGCUCCGGCAACGGGAAAUGCGUCACGGGAGACUGCGCCGGAGGACUAAAAUGCACCGGGUCAGGCGUCCCGCCGGCGACGCUGGCGGAGUUUACCAUCGGAAACGACGGUUUUGACCUUUACGACGUGAGUCUAGUGGACGGUUACAACGUGGGGAUGAGUGUGCAGGCUACCGAAGGGUGCGGGGCCACGGGGUGCGCGGCGGACCUGAACGCCGCGUGUCCGGCGGAGCUGCAGGUGAGGGACGGCGGCGGCGCGGUGGUGGCGUGCAAGAGCGCGUGCACGGCGUUCAACACGGCCGAGUAUUGCUGCACCGGCGAUUACUCGUCGCCGGGCACGUGUCCGCCGACGCGUUACUCGGAUUUUUUCAAAAGCGCUUGUCCCUUGGCUUAUAGUUACGCUUUCGAUGAGGAUGGUUUCGACCUUGGCGCCUGUCUUCGAUCUGAUUACAUCAUCACCUUUUGCCCCAUCUCCUUGUACUAGUCACUAGUAUUUUAGUAUCGCAUAAGCAUAGAGUUCUCCAAUAAGUGGAUAGUUUCACAUGCAUGUUAUACACUUUAUCAAUAUAUAUAUGGAUAUUGUUCUUAGUUUUAGUGAAUAAAUAUUUGCUAUCAAGUACAUUUACAAAUUCUGUGAUGAUCUCAUACUUGUAUUACGAAUUCGUCUAAUUUGGCCUCCUUCAUUUUAGUUUA